AUGCCCACCACUCGACGAUCCGCUGCCAGCGCUCGCAGCAGGGGCCUGCCCGCCAAGAAACAGUCAACUCUCAGCUUCUCAAAUAAAGUGACAAAGCCUGUGCCGAAGAACACCAAGAAGUCUAUCAUUUCACCUUCUGUUAGCAAGAUUGAUCCCAGUCAGCUUGUAAAGGAGAAAGAGACAGAUGACAUUGUCGACGACGAGCCCGCGGUUGCGGAGCUUGAGGCAGCCCCAGAGCCUGUCAAGUCUGAGUUGGAGCUGCAAGCAGAAAAGGUCACGGAUGCGCAAAUCAAAAAGUACUGGAAGUCCAUUGAAAAGCAAUGGUCUACUCCUCGCCUACACCAGCAAGACGUAUCCCAAAAUGAGAGAGUUCUUCGAUAUUUCGACGUGAGCUCACAAUACGGUCCCUGUAUCGGCAUGCCUCGCAUGAAGCGCUGGAAGCGGGCGGACCGUCUGGGACUUAACCCUCCCAUUGAGGUUCUCGCUGUCCUCAUGAAAGAAGAGAGCAAGGGGAACGACCAAAUUGAAACGGCACAUAUGGACGAGAUCCUCAACUCCAUUGCCGUGGAAACUUGA